UUUGGCCAAUCUUAGUUAAAUGGAAAUAAAUUGUUUUAAAACUACUCAGGUCUGGAAGGAAAGAUAUCUAUAUGGAAACUGGCUUUGUUUGGGGGAAGGAAUGGAUUAUAGAUGUUUUCUAUUUUCUGCUUUUUUCAUAUUUAUAUUUUCUGUAAUGACAAGUAUUGCUUUUGUAAUAAGGAAAGGAAGCUUUAAAUUAUCCUAUUUCUAAAGUUUGUGAUCUACCUAUAAAUAGGUGAUUAAAAGAUAAAGAUUAUAUUUGUUAUGAAUUCUGUGAGUUUUUAUUAUCCAAUGUUAUGAAUAAGUCUUUAAGGAAUAUUCUUAAAGUUUCUUGAUGUUUUUAUUUUAUAGAUGCCAUAUUUUAAUCUUGUGAAGAGUUUAACAUCCGCUUUUCCAUAUGUAUAUAGUAUAUCACGGUUUUAUCACACAACACCGGCAGUGUGCUGUUGUAGCAAAACACAGAGCGGUGAGAAAUACACCGAUCCUUUCAAACUUGGGAGGAGAGAUUUGAAAGGUCUGUAUGAGGACAUUAGAAAGGAACUGCUCAUAUCUACAACAGAACUUAAGGAAAUGUCUGAGUACUACUUUGAUGGAAAAGGAAAAGCCUUUCGACCAGUUAUUGUGGUACUAAUGGCCCGAGCAUGUAAUAUUCAUCAUAAUAAUUCCCGAGAUGUGCAAGCCAACCAGCGCUCCAUAGCCUUAAUUGCAGAAAUGAUCCACACUGCUAGUCUGGUUCACGAUGACGUUAUUGAUGAUGCAAGUUCUCGAAGAGGAAAACACACAGUUAAUAAGAUCUGGGGUGAAAAGAAGGCUGUUCUUGCUGGAGAUUUAAUUCUUUCUGCAGCAUCUAUAGCUCUGGCACGAAUCGGAAAUACAACUGUUAUAUCUAUUUUAACCCAAGUUAUUGAAGAUUUGGUGCGUGGUGAAUUUCUUCAGCUAGGGUCAAAAGAAAAUGAGAAUGAAAGAUUUGCACACUACCUUGAAAAGACCUUCAAGAAGACUGCAAGUCUGAUAGCCAACAGUUGUAAAGCAGUCUCUGUCCUAGGAUGCCCUGACCCAGUGGUGCAUGAAAUUGCCUAUCAAUAUGGAAAAAAUGUGGGAAUAGCUUUUCAGCUAAUAGAUGAUGUAUUGGACUUCACUUCAUGUUCUGACCAGAUGGGCAAACCAACAGCAACUGACCUGAAGCUCGGUUUAGCCACUGGCCCUGUCUUAUUUGCUUGUCAGCAGUUCCCAGAAAUGAAUGCUAUGAUAAUGAGACGGUUCAGUUUGCCAGGAGAUGUGGACAGAGCUCGACAGUAUGUACUACAGAGCGACGGUGUGCAACAGACAACCUACCUCGCCCAGCAGUACUGCCAUGAAGCAGUAAGAGAGAUCAGUAAACUUCGACCAUCACCAGAAAGAGAUGCCCUCAUUCAGCUUUCUGAAAUUGUACUCACAAGAGAUAAAUGACGACUCUUUCUGUUCUUUCUGGCAGCUAUUUUACCAGACUGUGCCUACAGAAUUUUGUGGAAUACACUUGGUUUGCUUCAUGUGCGGAUAACCAAAAAUCAUUUUAAAAAAGAAUUUCAAUCUUAUUGAUGGGCAGUUUUUUUUAUUGGCAAAGUUUUUCAGAAAACUUUUAAAAUGUAAUUAAAUCAUCUGAAUCUGUCAUUCUGGUCCUAUAAAUUCUAAUCAAGGUAUCUUGAUGGUUAUAUGUGGUAUUGUUUACACUGUUAAUAUAUCCACAUGUAAAGCCAUUACACAAAUAAAUAAUCAAUGUUAAAAUUCAAA